AACUAUCGGGCAGCAAGGCCAUCGUGUGGGAUGAAAGCCUGACUGGACCUUUUGGCCUCAUCGCUGAAUACUCACUGCUAAAGCUAGGACAGUCGGUAGGCUGCCUGACUAACGGCGCCUCGAGAUGGUGAAGAUGGAGACGACGACGAGGAUGGUGAAGACGAUGAGAAUAACGGUGACGAAGACUUCAGCAGCACGACGGAGAUCCCACUCCAACAACAGACCCAAGGAGCAUGAAGUAGACAAGAUGUUUCCUCUGCGGGAGGAACGCCUGCCGCCACUGCCGCCAUCUCCUUCCCGACACGUGAUUUUCAUGCUACGGCCACGCGUAGAGCUCAUGCAGAUCGUGGGCACCAGUCUGCUCAAGGAAGAAGGCUGCUCCCCGGGCAGGGAGUACCACCUGGUGUGCGUGCCGCGCCGCUGUGUACUCUGCGAGCAGCAUCUGCAGCAGAUGGGCGUCUUCGGCACCUUUACCACCAUCCAGGAAUAUCCCUUGGACUUCAUUCCUUUUGACAGUGACCUCAUAUCCAUGGAGAACGAGUUCGCAUUCAGGGAAUGUCACUUGGAAAAUGACUUCACAAGUUUGUUCCACGUUGCCAAAGGACUGAUGACCAUGCAGUCUCUUUAUGGCACCAUUCCAAAUAUCUCCGGAAAGGGAGAAUGGGCCAGGCGCGUGACCGACAUGCUGCUGAGGAUGCACCGCGAGAUGGCGGGGGUGCAGAUGCACAUGCCUCCUGCCAUCGACACGCUCCUCAUCAUCGACCGCAGCGUCGACCUGCUCACCCCCAUGCUCACCCAGCUCACCUACGAGGGCCUCGUCGAUGAAAUAUACGGCCUUCAGAACACUUCGGUCAAGCUUCCGCCGGAGAAGUUUCAGCCGCGUAAGCAGGACGGCGAAGCAGCAGCAGAGCUGCCCUCGGAGCCCAAGAAGCUGAUUUUGAAUUCGGCCGAGGAGCUGUACGCGGAAAUCAGGGAUCGCAACUUCAACGCCGUGGGGGAGGUGCUGAGCCGUAAAGCCAGGCUCAUCACAGCCCAGUUUGAGGAAAGGCACCAAGCAAAAACCGUUGGGGAGAUAAAGGAAUUUGUUUCCAAGCUCCCGCACAUGCAAGCUGUGAAAUCGUCCCUCGCCACCCACACGUCCAUCGCGGAGCUUGUGCAGGAGGUCACUCAUUCAGACACCUUCCUCGACUCAUUGGCUGUUGAACAAGAGUUCAUCGCCGGCAUAGACACCGAUAAGGCCAACGUUUACAUCGAGGAGUGCAUUGCGCAGAAGCUGCCCUUGAUGCGCGUGCUGCGCUUGAUGUGCAUACAGUCGCUGUGCAAUAACGGCCUCAAACCCAAACUGCUGGAAUACUAUCGGCGCGAGAUCAUACAGACGUAUGGGUUUGAGCACAUGCUCACCUUGUUCAACCUGGAGAAAGCCGGCCUGCUGAAGCUGCAGCCGCCAGGACGGAACAACUUCCCCACUCUCCGCAAAACCCUGCGGCUCCACCAAACCGACGUCAACGAAAGGGCCCCCACGGACGUAUCCUACGUGUACAGCGGCUACGCGCCGCUCUCCGUCCGACUGGCUCAGCUGAGUACGCGCCCCGGCUGGAGAGUCAUCGAGGAGGCCCUGAAGCUGCUGCCGGGGCCCGAGUUCCACGAGAAGCAACCGAUUCCAACGGGGCUCGCUCACAAACGCGAUACGGGAUCACGCAUCACCCUCGUGCUCUUCCUGGGCGGCGUGACGAGCGCCGAGAUCUCGGCGAUCCGCUUCCUGGGGCAGUCCGAGGACAGCAACACCGAUUACGUCAUUGGGACCACGAAGCUCAUCAACGGGACUUCCUGGCUGCAGUCUCUCGCGGAAAAGCUGGAGCCGAUCACCACAUGCCCCGCCAAAUAAAUAAUGCACGCUGCGCUACAAACCAUGCCAGACGAUUGGAAUUUUACCCGAGCCAAGGAUGGCGAGCAGUUAAACCUACUCCCUGGAUGUAAAAAAAAGCCAUUCGCAUCGUCAGCCUCAAUAAAUCCACUGGCAAAUGAACACCUUCCCAGGCCAUUGCCGUUGGUCAUAGUCUUGCGAUGUAUUCACCCAGCACCUGCAAAAGCAAACGAGUGGAGUUCAUCGUUCCACCUCCGCGGUGGACGUUAUUCCUCGGUGUUUCCUCCGGUCCAGUGGACAUCAUCUCUUUUCGAGAUGCAUCCUAUCCAAUUGCUUUGCUUAAGUCAGUAUAUCUUGAACCGCGGUGUAUGUUCUCUCAUCUGUGCAUUCUUGAAUGUCUCCAUAUGCCACUCAAAGUGUAGCGCUCAUUUCUUUUGCAACUUUUCUCUUAACAAAAAUGGCUUUUGCACUAAUUUGAUGAAUUGGUUCCGAGGGUGUAUUUGGUUCAAACGCGCGCAGAAAACUACUGAUAUUUGUAAAUAUAAAACAUUCCCAUCGGCUCUUAAAAUCACGUUUCUUUGAUGUGCAAAUUGUCACCGGGGAUAUUAAACGUGUGCAACUCUGUUAUAAAAGCACUGCAGGAUGAGGGCCUCCCCAUGCCAUUCGGGUCAUGAAGGUUAUUUGGCCAAACUUUACCGAACUGGUCAAUACGGGUUUUGUAGGGUGGGCAGCAUUCGACGUUGGCGUAUAGUACAAUGUGAUGGAUUUAACGGCACUGCCCUCAUUGUUGAGAACAUAGACCCUUGAGCAGCUUACAACAUGGUGGUUACCCAUCAAAAUGCUGUCCUGGCUCAACCCUGCUAG